AUGCGGGAAGUGGUGACUCUUCAGUUCGGCAGCUACGCCAACUUCGUCGGCGCUCACUUCUGGAACCUGCAGGAUGAGGCGAUGGGGCGGCAGGGCGAGGGGAGCGCGGGGCAGGCGGGAGCAGGCGUGGAGGAGAGUGUGGUGAUGCAGUGGCGGGAGACGCCAGGGCCUGCCUCCACGCCAUACUGCACGCCACGCCUGCUCGCCAUCGACUAUAAAGGCUGCCUUGGCCCCGUCUCCCUCGAAUCGCCACUUGGGGCCGUCCCCCCUGCACCGUCUGCCAUGCCCACAUGGUCCGGCCCCUCCCAUGUCUCAUCGGCCGCGCCUCUCCCCCUCAACCCCUUCCUGCUCCGCCUGCUGCACCCACCCCCGCCCGCCGCUCACACCGCCUCCUCCGCGCCUGGAUCCCAUGCCAGGGGGGAGGAACGGCAUGAAGUCGCAGGCAGGCACGGUGGGGGGGAGCCGGGAGAGGAGACAGAGAGGGAGGCGGAAGGGGGGGAAGAAGAGGAGGCGGAGGUGGCGCGGGGGUUGGAGGGCGGAGUGGGGUACUGGACAGAGUACCUUAAAGCCCACGUGCGCCCCGCCAGUGUGCUGCAGCUGCCGGGCGGGUGGUGGCAGGGCGCGCUCUCCCCCCUGGACGCGGGGGGGUAUGGCGACUGGCGCGAGGUGGGGGGCGGGCGGGAGGGAGAGGAGGAGGUGGAGGAGGGGGUGAGGCGGGUGGUGGAGGAGUGUGAUGCGCUGCACGGCUUCUCCCUGCUGCUGCACGCCGCCUCGCCCUUUGCAUCCCUCGCCACGCGCACAGCACUGCACCUGGCCGCGGAGUUCCCAAGGGCGCCCAAGCUGCUCUUCUCCCUGCGCCCCCCUGACGCCCUCCUCCCGCCCGCCACCCUCGCCCCCGGGCCCCACGCCCUGCCGGGCACGCCCUCACUGCAUGACCUCUCCUCUGCUGUCUCCCUCGCCUCGCUGCUGCCCCUCACCUCCCUCAUUCUGCCCCUCGGCCUGCCCUCCCUCUCUGGUGUGCUGCCCCACGUGCAUCCCAGCGACACCUCUCUCUUCCACUCCUCUGCUCUGCUCGCCACAGCCAUCGACGCCCUCUCCACGCCCUUCCGCCUCGCCCCGCGCCCCCCCGCCUGCGCCUCCUCCCCCGUGGGCGCCGUGUCCCUGAGGGACUUGUGCUCGCUGCUCUCCCUCUCCUCGCCACAUGGCGCCCUCGCAUUCGCCUCCUUGGCCCUGCCAGCUCCGCCGCUGCACGAGGCAGGGCAGCAGGAGGCGGCGCGUGGAAGCCCGCCAUGUGGCAUGGCUGUGCUGACGUCAGACGUGUGCAGCAACAGCAGCAGCAGAGAGGGGCGGGGAGGGAGGGGAGGAAAUCAGCGAGGGACAGGGGGGCGGCAGCAGGGGGAGGAGGAGGAGGAGGAUUUAGAAGCAGGCAUUCGAGCACAGGUGGUGGUGGCACGCGGCGCGGUGGGGCAGCAAGCAGCAGGUGCGGUGGGUGGGUGGGGUGGGUGGGUAUGGGUGCGAGGAAGUGAGGAGAGCGUGCUGGCAGCAAGGAGAGAAGAGCAAAGCCCCACCAGCACCGCCCCCACACCGCUACCACCAGCCUCAGCAGCAGCAGCCAUCCAUCGGGCCCUCCUUGCCGCCCGCCCUCGCGCCGCCCCGCCCUGCAUCGCCCACAUCACCGCCGCCCAGCAGCCCCUCGCCAUCCCCCUGCCCUUCCCCCGCUUCUUCUCCGCUGAUGUCAGCAAAUACGGCCUCAUCCUGCCGCCCUCCCGGCACCCUGCCAGCCGCGUUGCUUCCCUGGCAGGCGGGGCAGCAGCAGCAGCAGCAGCGGUGGCGGGAGGGGGAGGGGGAGGGCGAGUUGCGGCAGGAAUGGGUCCGGAUGUGGAGUGGGCGCCAGUGGUGGCGCGAGCAGCAGCGGGGAGGGGUGGGGCGCGGCACGCGGAGGUGCUAGCCGGUGCGCUGGAGUGGGUGGGGGGCCCUCGAGGGGGGGCGGGCAGGCAGGUGGUGGCGGCGUGGGGGGUGGAGGGAGAGGAGGUGCAUGAGAUGCGGGAGCGCGUGCUGGAUGUGUGUGGUAGGCUGAGGGGGGACAGCUGUGCGGAUGACAGUGACUGA